AUGAAUUUCAAGGCAGGCUCUGAUGGAAAGGUGGCUUUUAAGGACUUGAAUGUUUUGUUUGAGAUACUGCAGAAUGAAAGAUACUUCAAGAUACAGAUAAUAACACUUGAAUCGUAUGAUGUUUUCGAAGAAGCACUUGCGGAUAGGCAUGUUGAGUAUGUGCUACAGUUCAGCUCGAAUCUAAGGCCUUGCUCCCUGCCAGUAGUUAUUCUGGCCGACAGCGAUGGCUACGAUGUUCCUGAGAAGGGAAGAUACAUUCUUCUGAGCAACAAGCGCCACAGGGAUUUUGUACAGAUGGUGCUGUGCCCCACUGUUGAAGAGAGACUUGCGAUUGUUGGAGAUAAAUAUGUUGUGCAUGCGCAUGGAUCGAAGAGCAUUACUGCGCUUAGGCGCAUAGCCUGUAGUAUACAGACUGUAUAUGAAGAUUUCUUUUCAAAAGGACUAAAUUAUCUUGAAAGCAUAAUCAUGCUUGUUGUAAAGCGUAAGAGCAAGUUCACAGAGAUAUUGAACGGUGUAAAUGAAAUUGAUGCUGGCCUGUGCAAUGGAUUUGUGCUGCAGAUGAAACUUAACGACUUGGUUAUGAAAAUGUUUGUGACAAGAAAGGGAGAUAGCUACAAGGUGAAUGUCAGUGAUGAGGUUUUGAGAUGUAUGUGGCACAGAGCCGGGCUUUCUGAGUUUGUGUGA